AUGAACUUCCCCGGAAGCGGCCUUGGCGGCGCGGGCGCGGGCUCGCCGGGCAUUGACCCCAACGACCCGAAUAUGAAGCGGAUGCAGGCCGUGAUGGACUCGUGUUUUGCCAAGACGGCCUUGUCGGGCGUGGCCGGGUUUGCCCUUGGUGGAAUUUUCGGCCUGUUUAUGGCAUCGAUGGCCUACGACACGCCGUACCACACGCCGGUACCGACAAACACACCAGCGGCGAACGCGGCAGCAGCAGGUGGCAAGGCGGCAGCGUCAUUAGCAACGACGUCCACGACUGGGGCCGCCGGCACAGCGGCAAAGACGGUCAUUGGCGCGGGCGCCGCAGCACCGACGACUGUCACGACGGCAGCCACCAAUGCGGCAACAACGUCGACAGUCGCCUCGACGUCGGCAGCGGCAGCAACCUCCACAUCCUCCUCCACAUCCUCCUUGAAACCAGCAACACUCGCCACGUCGGCACCAAAACCGGCCGUCAGCAUUCCCGUGUCCGGCGCCGCCGCCGCCUACGUAGAGCCGCCGUCCAUCCCGCUGCGCCAGCAGCUCGCCACGGGUUUCCGCGAUAUGGGCAGCCGCAGUUAUUCCAGUGCGCGGAACUUUGGUACCGUCGGCGCCCUCUUUGCCGGCAUCGAGUGCGGCAUCGAGGGCCUGCGGGCCAAGAACGACAUGGGCAACGGCGUGGCAGCUGGCUGCCUGACCGGUGCGAUUUUGGCGCGAAACGCCGGCCCGCAGGCGGCGGCGAUUGGCUGUGCGGGUUUUGCGGCGUUUUCGGCGGCGAUCGACGCGUACCUGCGCAUGCCACCGAGUGACGAUUAA